AUGUUUAGUUAUAUUGCAUUUUAUCCGUCAUUAGCCUUUAAUAUUGCAAAAAACUACCUUCAACCAGGAAAAUGGGCAUGGUUUAAUAGAAUUGAUGACGGUCUUAUUGUUGGUGCUUUACCUUUCAAAUCAAUGGUAGAAGAUUUAAAGAAAGAAAAUGUAGGAGGAGUUGUGUGUUGUACAGAACCUUUUGAAUUAGCUGUUACUUACAAUUCAAUGGAUGAUGAAGAUUGGAAAAAAGAAAAUAUUAAAUUUUACCACAUUCCAAUGACUGAUUUUUUUGGAUCAACUUCACGCGUCAAUAUGUUAGGUGCACUUUCAUUUAUAGAAGAAGUUAAUAAUGAAGGAAAAAGUGUAUAUGUUCAUUGUAAGGCAGGAAGAACACGUAGUGCAACAAUUGCUAUGUGUUAUCUUAUAAAAAAAUAUAAUUAUAUGCCAAAUGUAGCUUUAGAAUAUUUAAGAAACAAACGUCCACAAGUAUUAUUACGUAAUGCUCAUUGGAGAACUGUUAAUGAAUAUAGAAGAUAUUUAGAUGCUCAAUCUAAAAGUCCUUUAAAACAAUAA